AUGUCCGGCAAAGAAGAUAAAGAAGAAAACAAGCCCGGUGUCGAGCAUCGCGAUCCGCAAUACUUUGGGUACUAUGCCAUGCUUCAGCAUCAGCAAAACAUGUUGCAAGAUACCGUACGCACCUCGACUUAUCGCUCUGCCAUUCUCAUGAAUGGACCUGGCUGUUUCCAGAACAAGGCUGUUCUCGAUGUGGGUGCUGGAUCGGGUAUUCUUUCCUACUUUGCGGUGCAAGCUGGCGCGUCUCAAGUGUAUGCUGUGGAGGCAUCCAACAUGGCCAACAAGAUGAAAAAGCUAGUCGAGCAUGAAAACACCAAUAGCUUUCUACGUGGCAAGAUCACCGUUGUGAAUGCCAAGAUUGAAGACAAGGAUUUACCUAUUCCCAAGGUCGACACUAUCAUUUCCGAGCCAAUUGGUGUGCUAUUGUUUCAUGAACGCAUGUUGGAAAGUUACAUUUAUGCAAGAGAUCACUAUUUGAAACCAGGUGGUGCGCUUUUCCCCUCCAAAGGCAACAUUUAUUUGGCCCCCUUCACUGAUGCCACGCUCUGGAGUGAAACGAUGGCGAAGGCUCGCUUCUGGGAACAAACGUCAUUUUACGGCAUCAACUUUACUUCAUUGUACAAAGAUGCGAGGGAUGAAAUGUUUGGCAUGCCUGUUGUGGGUCACUUUGAUCCUCGUAACCUUAUCAGCACACCCACCAUUUUGGAUUCUCAUCCAGUCGAUUUCUCAACGGUGACCCUGGAACAAUUGCAUGACAUGACAAUGCCCUUUACUUGGUUGGCAGGAUACACUGGGUUGAUGCAUGGUAUUGCAGGAUGGUUUGAUUUGAUCUUUGCACCUCCACCUUAUGACAACAACAACAGCAGCAGCAGCAACAGCAACAAUAAUGGCAAUGGUAUCCCCAAUACGACUGUGGAAAUGUCGACGGGUCCUGCCGCUGAACGUACACAUUGGCAACAAGUGCGUUUCCUUUUCCGAGAACCCUUAGCAGUGAAUGCCACUCAACCUAUUCGUGGAUGGAUGCGUGCCAUCGUCAAUGAUAUGCGUAGUUACACCAUUUAUGUCGAAGUGGUCGUGGGUCAAGAUACUCCGCUUAGUGAUCCUGCCACCAUUGACCUAAAGACCUUUGCCGAUCCCAAUGAAUUGGAGCAGGAGCAUCCUUUGAGACGUCGUGGUCGAUGGGAACUUCAUGAACAAACCUACAAUUACAGCUUCAACCCUGGCAUGAUGCCUGAACACAAGCCCGAGUAUUCUUGCUUAUAUCAACCGGAAUCCAAGAUUGAUGAAGCUGUCAAGACUUCCCAACAACAAGCAGAGAUCCUCGACUUUACAGCAAUGAGCAAUGUCAUGGAAAAUUACGAGAACUUUAUGAAUUGA